GUCAUACUUUGUGCCUCUUAUUUCCCAGUCAGUAGCCACAGACUUCUUAGAAACUUGAAAAAAAACAUUCUGGACUCCCAAGUGUGUGUGCUGAAUUUUGCAGUCAACGUGGGAAUAGCAAAGAGAUAAAAGAUAAGAUUAAAAAUGUACGGAGCUCAAAGUUCAAAAGAUUUACUGUUCCCUUCUUUUGUUGGUGACUCCGGGCUUCAUGUUUUCCGCAUUGAAAAGAUGAAACUGAUCUCUUUACCUUCUGAAAGUCAUGGAGUUUUUCAUUCUGGAGAUACCUAUCUAUUGGUUUUCAAUUCUUCUGAGAGCAAUAGCAUCUUUGUCUGGAAUGGAAGUGAUACUUCUGUGGAUGAGAGGGCAGCUGGUGCCAUUUACAGUUUCCAGUUGCAUAAGCACCUUCGUGAAAAACCAGUUCAAAACCAAGAAACACAGGGAAACGAAAGUGCUGAAUUCAUGUCACUUUUCCCUCUUGGUGUCACAUACCUGGAUGGUGGUGUUUCAUCUGGCUUCCACCGUGCAUCCCAGGACACAGUGGCACCCACCUACCAUCUGUAUCAUGUAAGGGGGAGGAAACAAAUACGAGCAGCUGAAACAGAGUUAAAAUGGGAGAGUUUCAACAAAGGAGAUUGCUUUAUUCUUGAUACUGGAAAGUCUAUCUAUGUUUGGUCAGGGUCGCAAUCGAAUAUAUUGGAGAGGAACCGUGCACGUGAUCUGGCAUAUCAAAUACGAGAUAGUGAGAGGCGUGGAGCUGCAAAGGUUGAGAUCAUACAAGAAGGAGAAGAGCCAGAAGAGAUGAUAAAGAUUCUGGGAAAGUGCCCAGAAUCCCUCAGAGAUGCAAAUGCUGAAGAUGACAAAGAGGCUGAUGAAAGGCACACAAAGGGGGCAACUCUUUAUAAGGUGUCAAAUGCGAGUGGACAGAUGCAAGUAACUCAUGUUGGCGAUGGUGCUCUCUUCCAUAAAGAACAACUGAUCUCAGAUGACUGCUUUAUCUUAGACUGUGUUGGAAAAAUCUAUGUAUGGAAAGGCAAGAGAGCCAACAAAGAAGAACAGGACUGUAGUCUAAAGACUGCCAAUGAGUUUCUGUCACUCAUGAGAUACUCUCCCACUACUCAGGUUCAAGUUGUGUCAGAGGGAAAUGAGUCUCCUCUCUUCAGACAAUUCUUUAGAAACUGGAUGUAAGCCUUUGCAAAUGAAUACAUUGUUUACAUCAUAUAAGAAUAAAAUGUUAAUUUUACAUUGUUA